AUGGAUAAAUUAAAAGAAAAAUUAGCCAACUUAAAAUUAGAUGCUGAAAAAUGGCAAGAAAAACAUGAUGAUUUACAAUCUAAAGUCAAAGAAUUAGAACAAGAAUCAUUAGAAAAAGAUAACCAAAUCCAAGCUUUAACAAGAAAGAAUGAAACUUUAGAAGAAAAUUUGGAAAAAUUAGAAUCUCAAGUUACUGAACAUAAAACUGCCGCUGAAGAAUCUCAUUCAUUAAAAUCUCAUAAUGAAAAUUAUACUAAAAAAAAUCAACAAUUAGAAGAAGAAUUAGAAGAAUCUGAUAAAAACUUGAAAGAAACUACUGAAAAAUUACGUGAAACUGAUUUAAAAGCUGAACAAUUAGAACGUAAAGUUACUUCAUUAGAAUCUGAACGUGAAGAAUUAGAAAAGAAAUAUGAAGAAUUAACUGAAAAAUACACUGCUGCUAAAGCUGAAUUGGAUGAAAUCUCAGCUCAAUUGGAAGCUAUCUAA